AUGGGAAAUAGGAUUAGUGCAAUUCUGGCCCAGAUCAUUAUGUCGGUACUCCUGAAAUUCUGCAUUCCCCUGCUGCCCUUCUACUUACCAACAGCCUGCCAAUAUGUUGAUGAUCUUCUGUUUUCUAUUCCUGAAGAUAAAACUGCUGAAACUUUGACAAUUUUCAACAGCUUCGAUCCGCACAUAAAGUUCACGGUGGAAGAAGAAACCGAAAACAGUGUUCCGUUUUUGGACACGAGAGUCGUAAGAUGUACAGGCAACCAAAUAAAACUUGAUUGGUACCAGAAACCUACUGCCUCGGGUCGCUACAUUCAUUAUAGAUCCAACCACUCUUGGGCCACUAAAACCAACCUUAUAAAGGGAAUGUUCAGCAGAAUUAAGAAUAUCUGCCACCCAGAUUUCCUGAAAACUUCAGAAAAAAGGUUAUUCAAUAUCUUCGAAGAAAACGGCUAUCCCAGGGUAUUUUUAGAGAGACGUCUCCAUUCUCUAACCCCUGACCCAGCAAGAAGAGGACCACUGGAGGAAACAACGACACUGGCAACCCAGGGCCAACAACUCAAAUAUGUAUCCCUGCCCUUCGUCCCGUCUUUGACAGGAAAAUUGACCAACAUAUUGAAUGAAAUAGAGAAUAUAAGGAUCGCCAAAUACAACCCCCUAACUGUGAAGAACAUUUUCAGCAAGAUCAAAGACAAAGUACCAACCAUGUCCAGAUCCGACGUCAUAUACCGUAUCCCAUGUGGAGGUUGUAACUCGGUGUACAUUGGCCAAACAGCCCAAUGCCUAAGAAAACGCAUCGCCCUCCACAGGAGUGAUGCUAGACUGCUACCGGAAAGGUGUGCAUUGGCAAGCCACUCGUCCUCACUUGACCAUACUUUCCAAUAUGAUGACGUCGAAAUACUAAGCACAAGUUCAAAUUACAACAAAAGAACUUUUCUAGAAAUGUGUUUUAUCAACGAGAACACAAAUAAUAUUAAUAAAAAGACUGACCUGAAAAAUCUGAGUGUUGUAUAUAGUUACCUGUUAUCCCUAGACCGAUGUCGUGACGAUAACAAUACAGUGGAUGUCAUUACUUGA